AUUGUCGCGACCGCUGUUUUCAAUAAAGUUAAUUCAAAUAAACAACGUGACGUACGGCGCACAAUGGCAGCCAGUGGCUCAGCUGUAACAGUUCUCACCCCAAAUGGGAGAAGACAGACAGUUAAAGUGUCUUCAAACACACCGUUAUUACAGGUGCUGGAGGAGGUUUGCAAAAAGCAUGGAUUUGACCCCGAUGAUCACGGUUUGAAGUUUCAGAGGACUGUUAUGGAUCUUACAUUACCAUGGAGAUUUGCCAACCUGCCAAACAACGCAAAACUGGAAAUGGUGACAAGCACAAGGAAACAAGCUGCAGCUGACAGCCAGGUGCGGAUUGCUCUGCAGAUGGAGGACGGCUCUAGGCUCCAGGGUUCCUUCUCCUGUGCUCAGAGUUUGUGGGAGCUGCUGACACAUUUUCCUCAGACCAGAGUGUCAGAGCUUUCUGAAACAGGAUCCACUCCUGUGUGUGUGUACAUGAGAGAUGAGGUAAGUGGAGAAGAAGCACUAAAGGAAACCACUCUGAAAUCUCUGGGUCUCACAGGAGGAAGUGCCAUUGUCAGGUUUUUACUAAAGAAAAAUACCCCGGGAGAAGAACAAGAUGGUAGAGAGGUCACCAAAAUAGUUGUUAAGCCAAUCCUGCCUGUUGCUAAGGAAACCGCAUUUAGCCCAGCAUCCCAGCCAAGUCCUGCUCUUUUGCAUCCAGAGACGUCACUGUCAGAUGUGACUAAAGGCUCAGCUCAUGGUAGUCCAAUGGAAACUCCGAUUCCCGUGUCUUCCAUAAGUACACCUCCACUUCAACAGGAAGACGUCCUGAAACAUCAGGAGGCCGUUCGGCCAAAGGUUCCUCUUGUCGGUGGUGAAACGCCAGAGGAAGAUGGCGAGAAGGCAGGACCUUCGGGACUGAACUCCCAUCACUCUUCCUCCUCGUCCGUUCCCUCAGCUGCUUUCAUUCCCUUCUCUGGAGGUGGCCAGCGCCUCGGAGGCCUGGGUAUCGGAGUACCGGCGCAUUCUGCAUCUUCAGCCUUGUCAUCCUCAUCACCUCUGACCACUACAGUAGAGUCACCCAAAGCCAAGAAAGCCAAACCGAGCUACUCUUCUAGUGCUAAGCACCAAACCUCAGCCAAUCAGUCAAAAGAGGGGACAGAGGACUUAAAGCCAGUGGACAGGGAGUCUCUCAUCUACCACUUGGACUCAGUCUCCUGUCACUCUGAGGAUCAGGGAGAGCUGCCUGAUGAGUUCUUUGAAGUGACCAUGGAUGAUGUGCGGAAGCGCUUUGCCCAGCUGAAGAGUGAAAGAAAGCUAUUGGAAGAGGCUCCGCUAAUGACUAAAUCUCUAAGAGAAUCACAGAUGAAAGAGAAGAUGGACAGAUACCCCAAAGUGGUCCUGAGGGUUCAGUUUCCAGACAGACACGUUCUACAGGGCUUUUUCAGGCCUCUCGAGACAGUUGGUGCUGUGAGGCUGUUUGUGAGCAGCCACUUGGAAGAUCCCCAGCUCAGUUUCUACCUGUUCACCACCCCCCCAAAAACCAUUCUGAGUGACCCUUCAGCUUCUCUUUUCCAGGCCGACCUGGUCCCUGGUGCGCUGGUGUACUUUGGCUGUGACGCUAGGACAGAUUGUUACAUAAAGAGGGAUCUACUUGAAUCGUCUGUCUCAGCCUCGCAAGCAAAUGAGACUGUGGCAAGCUGCAUGCUCCAGUCCCCAACACCCUCUUCCAGCUUUCUGGCCCCUGAAGAGCCACUGCAUCCUCCAGAACAGGAGCCUUCAACAGGAGCCAGCGAUGCUGCAGAGGAUGAGCAGGACGCUUCUACACAGACCCAGGCUGCUAGAACCACCAGGUCUGAUCCAGGAAAGGUGCCCAAAUGGCUGAAGCUUCCAGGUAAAAAAUAAAAUGACUGAUGCGCAUCGAUGCAAGGACUGAUCACGGCAGGCGUCGGACCAGCUCGGCCACCCAGAAUUAGGAGAGCGCUUAAAUCAUUGCUGUGCUUUGGCUCUAGAAAAAAAAAAACUCUGAUGGAUUUGAUCUAUCAUGGAGGAAAGUACUGAACCUGGUUAAGUAGUAAUGUUCGAUUGCCAAGAAGAUUGAAGUGAUUCAUUCCGGUUGCUGUUUGUGUGGAGGGGGGCUGAAGAGGUCGAACUGUAACACACAGUGAAUAAAGAUGUUUGAUGGUUGAUCUAAAA